CUGGAAAUCCUCUUACACAAUGUUUGUUUGUGGAAGGCUUCGCUCAACAAGAUCAGACAUGCAGAAAUGUUUUUUUUGUUGUGUUUUUUUUUUGGGGCACGCCUCUCUAACUUCUUAUUCAAGCUUCAGAUCAACUAUGAAGCCUUUAAAAUACUAUAGAGCUAGUUUGUUGUCUCAGCUCAUUGGUACGACGAUUGCAGUCAUUCUACACAGAGGAUAAAGACUAUAUGACGGUGAGUAUUGUCGGUCUAUAUGAGUUGCUGCACUGGAAACUUCGGUUUCCAGUGGAAACAGAAGGAAACUGGAAAAGCGAGUUCGCACAAAGCUAGCAGACUGUAAGGCUAAACUAUGACAUGAUUUGAAAUCCAGAUCACUCCGUUUGUAUCGACGGUAUCUUAUCAGUUUAUUUAUCUGCCCAUCCAUCCGAGUGGUUUGUCUCUCUCGAAGCCUGACAACUGAGUCAGUGGCGUCUUUGUGCCGCGAGUGUCGUGCACGCGCGCAUGCUGGAUUGCUGCAGUGAGAUGAUGUCAUCAGCGUAUCGGCUGACUGUAACGGAGCACGGCGGAGCGUGCCGACUUGCGCGCCGGCGCGCGCAGCCCCAACAUUCACGCUUGCACCAGACAAAGUGACACCGUUUGCUCCACGGGAGCAUGUUUACCCAUACCCCCCCCCCUCCCCCGAACAUUGCAUACAUCCCGAGUAGCAGCGUGUGAGGAUGCGACGCGCAGUAUUGGUGCGAAAAGCGGCAGGGGGUGAGGUGCGACAAAAUGACAGAAAUACAGCAUGUGCAGGGGGAAGUGAGAAAUGCUGGCGUGCGUCAGAAAGGUGCCGGAGUGACAUGUUUGAAAAUAACCACGUGAUGUGCCGCUUUCUGCGUGUUCACAUUUGUAUAACGCAGCGAAAAGAAAAACAACCUAUUUCCAUAGUUUUUUCUGCCUUGAGGGCCUCGGUGUGUGGACACUAUGACGUAUGCAAAAUGUCAAUUGGUGACUUGCUGAUGAACAGAAGGCUUCUGGAAGCUGGAGAAGACGCCGGUCUUGUCGCGGAUAGUGACGUCAUCGAUCCCGUCGACUGAUGAUGAUGUCACAACAGUUGAAGCCGAGUGCCGGGUCACGAUGGAAUAUUUCGACCGGCGAUCGGAUCCUCUUCAAUUUUUUUCCAAAAUGAUAUUGUAUGCAAAUAAAAAUGUAGCUUGUGCGUAUAAAAAUGUAGCUUACUCAACGAACUUUGAAAGCGUCAUAUUUUUGUAGGCAUGUACAAUUUUGUGAUCAUUGGAAGACGAUUUUUAUUUAUUUAUUUUUUUUAGUACUUGAUAUGGUGGAGUUUCCUGGACAUGGACAGUAAGCAUUUAAUAUCCUCCUGACAUUGUGUUUAUAUUCUAUCAUAAAACCACACAAUUGGCCGUCUCUCCCCGUUUGUUGUGCUCGCUACCACAGCAACAUGCGGUCGCCAUGGAGACGCGGCACCGCGGGACUCCUCGUUCGCUCGGUGUCCUCCGUUCCACCAUAAAACCAACUAUUCUCCCUUAUGCAAACCAUGUUAGAAACGUAAAUAUAAACGGGAGUUUAAUAAUGAAGACAAAACGGAGCUAAUUCAUGAGCUGAGCCGAGGUCACGUCGGCCAAAUGGGCUCUACGGAGAGGAAAUACGAGCUGUGCGGGCCUUUUCUGCCGAGAAGGCACCCCUCGUUGAAGACGAGUGCAGAGAUAGUGGGGGAAGCAAGAAGGAUUCUCCGAGCUCAGUCCACCCAGCGACCUCACACUCCAAGAGAUGCACACAGGCAGUUGUUUGCAAGAAGCUCUGUCCGUGCAGACCACGGCAGCAGACCUUCCUCCACCUUCAGUCUUCACGCAACGAAUUUUGACAUCGGAGACUCCAGGCCGAGUUCAGGGGCUCGCCUAUCUCCAUUGGAACAUAAGACAAAGAUUCAAUUUCUCGGCAAUGAUGACAUUUCCAAGUCAUCUCCCAAACCUCCCGCCGACUCGCUGGAGACGAGGAGGUCGUUGGUGCGAACGCGGGCGCGUCUCUUAAGAGCGACACCUCUCACGACGUUGCCUCCUUUAGCGGCGCAAACAGAUGCGUCGCAAGAAAGAUCACACCAAGACCCAACGAAAAAGCUGCCAUCGGCCCAAGCUUUUGUCUCUGGAGACCACAAGGAGGCCUUCGGCGCGCCUUACUUCUGUGCGCCGCGCAGAAGUCAGACGGAAAGCCGAUUAUCGCAGUCCAGUGUUGACGCCGGAAUCGGAAGCGACGAGGUCAGAGCUGGACAGAGAACAGAUUUGGGCGGCAGUGGAAAGAAUAACACGAGCUCAGGUGCCGACCCGCGGUGGGAUACGAUAGCGCCUCUUCUCCAGCAGCUAAAGGCUGCGGCGGCUGCGGGUGACAGCUGCGAGGCCUCCCUGGAUCAUCUAUGUGACUUGUGCGUUGCUCUCCACGAUGCCCUGGAGGAGGCGGCCAUGUUGGGCCCGCACCGCUGUAAGAGGCGCUCCAGUAUCCUGAGAACGCUCUUCCAACUCAUCGACCUCAACUGCCCGCGCCUCCACAUGCAUGUCGCCGAGCUGUGUCUCGCCUUACAUGUCGGCGGGACCAACCUGCUCAACAUCUGCAAGCUUAUCUUCCAGGUCAGUCGCAGUGAAGCCAAUGACGUCCUCUUCCAGAAUAACUCAGUCCUAGACUCCCUGCUCGAGCUGCUGCUACGCGAGGAUGCCACGACGUGCGGCGAAGCGCUAUUUUACGGCGCCGGCACGCUGAAAUUUCUCUCGGGAAACGCCGCCGUCGUCCACCUCCUGAUGGAAAAAAACUUCAUCAGCACAGCUCAUAAUUUCAUCCGGAAGCUAUGCAGAGUGGAUGAGCCUCACGUGACGAUCGCCGGACACAUCCUCGUACAGCUGACUGCCACCCUGAGAAAUCUGGCUGACCACACCGAGGCCCGUCCCUUCUUCGUCUCCCACUCCCUGAUGUCGGAUCUCUGCUUGGUUCUGCAGCGCUAUCAUCAGGACCAAGACGUGUGCACCAAUGUUUCUAGAAUUUACAGUAAACUCUCCUCGUACGCGGAGUGCUGCCUCGCUCUGGCGCAGACCCCCGACUGCUACCAACUAUUUUUAGAACACUUGAGCAAACACCACCAAAAACCGGACCUGGUCGUGCGUCUUCUCUUCACGCUGGGCAACCUGACGGCCAAGAACAACGAGGCGCGCCAGCAACUCUUCCGCUGCGAGGCGUCCGUGGACGCCCUCCUGCGGCUGUACGACGACUACCAGCUGAGGGAGGAGGAGCCGCCGCCGACGCCGCCUCCGGCCAGCCGCCGGGAGGCCGAGGACGUGUUGGUGAAGCUGGUUCGGGUGCUGGCCAACAUGUGCAUCCAUGAGGACGUGGGCGCCGCAUUGGCCAGCAACACCACCUGCGUCCAGCUACUGAUGGAAACACUGGAGCUGAGGUCGGUGGAGGAGAGCGAGGAGCUCACGGUGAACGUGGCAGCCGCCAUUAACAACCUGACGUUCUACCGCAAAGAAAGCGCGGUGCUCAGACGUAGCCAGAUGGCCAUCGCCCGGUUGAUGCUGAAGUUGGUGCUGAGCUCCAACAUGGCCGCCAUGCUGGAGGCCACGCGCGUCUACGGGAACUUGUCGCAGUCCAAAGAUGUCCGGGACUUUAUAAUGCUGAACAAAGUCCACAGGUUUGUGGUGACACUGUUGGAUUCCAAGAACCCGGACGUGUGCUUCUCAGCCUGUGGGGUUCUCACCAACCUGGCGCUGGACCCUUCCAACAGAGCCAGUCUCUUCCUCGAAGGGGCUGCAACCAAGCUGACAGACUGCCUAAGAGACCUGGGAGCAGGUGACUGGCAGCUGUCGGCUCAACUAUGUCAGGCCUUGUGGAACAUGAGCAGCGGACCUGAGAAGCCGGUGGAGGCGCAGGACAGCGAGUCGCUACUCGAGAUCCUCACGUCCUAUUUGGAUGAAGAAGAGGUCGUCAAGUGGAUGGAAGACGAGGACUACCACAGGGCAUUAUGGGAGUUGGAGUUCCGACCUGUUGCCCAAAAACUAGCAAAGCUGGUCAAUGCAAAGUGAUUUAUAUAGAUCAUAGCAUAUGGACUGUUCUUAUAUAUUUGCAAAUGUUUUUGUUGUGCAAGUGACUUUUUAAAUCCCAUCAUCAUGUGACUGUUAUGUGAAAGCACUUUAAAGUCCAUCCUCACAUAUCUUUACAAGACUUUUUUUUUUCACAUUUAUAUCACUUUGGUUUUGUGAGCACGCGUGCGUGCGUUUGAUGACCUGCCUCAAUGUCCUUCGGUAAGCAACAUUAAUGUGUAAACAAAUAAAUAAAAAAAAAAGCACAGAUGAAGCAAGCGCCGCUUUCGCCUCUCGAAGCCUUUAUUACCAUCAUCAUCAGUUGAAUUUACACAGGGGGGGGGGGGGCAGGCAGUGCUUACAAGUUGCCCAACCACAACAACAUUUUCAAAGUCACAUGGUUGUUACAUCAACACAAAUAAAGAA